AUGCUGAGUGCAGAAGAAGGCAUCCUCCUUUUUGUUGCCACUAGUGAGGCAGUGCUGGGAGUUUUGGUGAACGCAUUCAUUGCACUUGUGAACUGCAUGGACUGUGUCAGGAGCAAGAAGCUCUCUAAGAUUGGCUUCAUUCUCAUUGGCUUGGCGAUUUCCAGAAUUGGUGUCAUAUGGAUAAUAAUUUUACAGGGGUAUGUACAAUUGUUUGUCCCACAUAUGUUAACUUCUGGAAACCUAACUGAAAAUAUUACUUACCUUUGGGUAGUUAUCAGUCACUUAAGUGUCUGGUUUGCCACCAACCUGAACAUCCUCUACUUUCUAAAGAUAGCUAAUUUUUCCCACUCUCUAUUUCUCUGCCUGAAGAGGAGGAUCCGUUCAGUUUUUAUCUUUCUAUUGGGAUGCUUGCUUACAUCAUGGCUACUGUCUUUUCCACAAAUGAUAAAGAUAGUUCAUGAGAGAAAAAUGUACCAAGGGAACACAUCUUGGUUUGACCAAAGGAAAAAUUACUUUCUAAUUACCCAAAGUUUAACCAAUCUGGGAAUCUUUUUCUUCUCUGUGGUAGCCCUGAUUACCUGCUUCCUGAUAAUCAUUUUCCUCUGGAGACACAUCAGGCAAAUGCAGUUGAAUGUCUCAGGAUUCAGAGACCUCAACACAGAAGUUCAUGUGAAAGCCAUGAAAGUUCUAAUAUCUUUUAUGGUCCUCUUUAUCUUGCAUGUUAUAGGCAUUGCCAUAGAAAUAACAUGCUUUACUCUGCCACAAAACCAACUGCUCUUUAUAACCGGUUUGACAGCCACAUGCCUCUAUCCCUGUGGUCACUCAAUCAUCCUAAUUCUAGGAAACAGCCAGCUGAUGCAAGCCUUUUUGAAGAUGCUGCAGCACAUAAAAUGCUGA